AUAAUUUCUGAGUGGUGUCUCAAGUUUGUUUUGGUCGGAGAUUUUAACGUUUCUCAACAUUUUCAAUAUUUACUGCACUCUUAGCGAUAUGUAGGUGUUUGUGGACCCAUUAAAUUAUGAAGUAGCAAUUUUGAACAUACAGCAUUUGUCUACGUCUUCCAAGAUGACAGAAAAUGUGAUGAGGCAGGCAGAGAGUGUUGAAGAUCUAUUGGAAGCCUCCACUCCACAGUUGAAGGUACCAAGUGAGGAUAUACUACAGAAGGGUAUUGCUCUGCUUACAGGUGGCUGUGAUGUAUCUGGGCGUCCAUUGAUUAUGCUACCAGCACGCCACCUAUCCAUCUUAACGUCUCAGUACCUUGGUGCUAUGGUCCCAUUCUUCAAACAGAUUCUCUGGAAGCCCUCCAAUGGAUUCGCAAUUGUAACUGAUCUGACAAUAUUGAAGAAAGAUGGAGUAACUGGUUUUAUUUCUGUGCUCAAAGAUUUUGAGAAUCAGCAUGCUGGGAGCAUAUCUUGCCUCUAUUUGGUGCAGCCCAAAUCUAAGGAUUCAUUGAAGGUCAUGCAGAAACUACUAGGCAUCAAACAAGACAAGAAAAAGUAUAAUCCACCAAUGUUUGAGGUGUGUGUUGUUAAGUCUCUAAAGGAGUUGACCAUGUACAUCUCAGAAGACCAAUUGAUCAGUGACUUUGGCGGGACAUUCCCAUACAACAAUGAUGCAUGGAUUGUCUUACAAAAGGUGAUGGAAGCAUUCUCUGGUAACACCAAGGAUGUGAUGGAGCGCAUCCCUGCUGCGGAGGACAGAAUACAGAUGCUCUCAGAAUAUGAUACGCCUGUCUCCAGCAGCGAACUUCCUGCUGCGUUAUCAGAAUUGUCAGAGAAAUACCACACCAUCAUGAGAGAGCUGAACAUUGAGUCAAGCAUUGAUGAAACAAGUGCCUUAUUAGAGAAACUGAAGAUACCCGAAGAUUUCCCAGUUUUCCGUGAUCUCAAAGACAGUCCAUUCCUAGAACAUUCCAGAAAUACAGCAGAGAAAUCUCACACUGAUCUAGUACGAGCCAGAAAUAAUCUACAGUUGCUAUGGAAACAGGCUGAGGAUCACAUGACUAGCUCGAUAGAGAAGGAUGAUUUUGAACAUGAUGCUGAAGAGAUGAGUACUUGGAUCAGAGAUGUUGGGGUGCCCACCCUAGAGAUACCAGCUGAUAUAGGGGAGAAUACGAGUAGAGCUGAACUACUUAUGAAUCACUUCAACACUGGCUUCUAUACAACCGCUCAGAAAGUAAUACAGAGUGCUGAAGAGUUGAUUUCUAGAGUGGAUGAGAAGAUCAUACAAGGGAGUUCAGAGAUCAGAGAUAUUCUCAUAUUUUCAAGAAAGUUCCAAACAAUGAUUGAUGAAUUUAGGACUAAACUUGAGGGCAGGAGGAUUCUAUAUGCCAACGUCUUUCAGUUUUAUACACUCACUGAGAAGGUGCUCUCAUGGUACCACUGUGCCUUGAACUUUCUGACUCAGCAUUUCCAUAACAAUCCCGACCUUGACCCUGAACAAUGGAAUACUAAUGCACAGAAAUUCCUCAAAAAAUAUCCUAGCCCAAGGCUCAAACAUCUACAAAAGAUAAAGGACAGCAUUGUUCUUAUUCCAUCCAUUCAGAACAGAAAUCAAGCCAGAUUGUUGGUCAAUAGAGUGAAUAUGUUGACCUCACUGUUUACUGACAUUGACGCAAUGAAAACAUCAGAUAUUGAGAAUGUCCUUCACUGGAAACAUGAUAUUAUGGCUGGCUUUGAAGACGUUAAUUUGAGUGUAGAAGAUGUGGCUCCAAAGCACACAAGCAGUGGAUCACUUCCAAGUGUGGCCCCAAAGCACCAUGCAAGUGGAUCAGUUUCAGCUAGGACUUCUACCCCUGGGUCAAGCUCAAAUACACCGCCGCUUAGAUCGUUGAAUAGUACUCCAAACAGCCGCCAACGUCAUAACAGAACCCCUAAGUUACGGAGCAAGGAAAACUCAGAAUGUGAUUCAACAGACUAUCCUGUGGGUGGCACGCGGCAUAAUGAGAAUGUUCCACAGAAAAUAAACACAAAUGCUCAAGAAAUAAAUGCUAAACAUAAUAAUCAUCAGAGAUCAUCAAGGUCACCAGAUAGGAAAUCGGUUGAGAGGUACAUUGAUUUAGGAUUGCCUGACUCAAAACAAUCACCUCCAAAACAUAAUAUUAAAACCAUAACAGGGCAGCAACAUCCUGGCAUAUUAACAGAUUCUAUGAGGGUCCAGAGAGGCUCCUUAAAGGUUAAGAAAAAGCUACCACCUAAAAGAAAAUCUAAGCGAGAUUCACAACGUAAUAUAUUCAUGCCUGAGAUGUCUUACUCACCAUAUGACAACCCACACUUUUAUCCCCAGGGCUCAAAUGUUGCGACACAUUCCAAACCACAUGAAAUUACUAUGCAGGAACGAUUAGAUCAAAUAUACACGAGUGAAUUACCAGAGGAACGGAAGCUUAAUAUGAUGGCUUCAAUAUUCGAGACAGAAUUUGUUGAUCCAGUUACUGAAGAGAACAUUCCUGAUAUCCAGGAGCAUCCUGUUCAUGAUGCUAUCACAGCAGGAUAUCCCACCAGACAACAUUCCAAAUAUGGACAUAUCCUGGAUCCAUUCGCUGGCGUACCACAGCAGGAAAGGGAGUUGUAUUAUGACGUGUUGAGACGACAAAAAUUAGAGGAGGAAAUCCAACAGCAGUAUUACAAUAAUGCAGCUCAUGUUAACAACAGAUUGAAUUUGAAUCCCAUGCAUCAUGUGCAUCAAUCUAAUCAGUAUCAAAAGCCUAUCACCUACAAUGUGCAUCAAUAUGAAAGAAAAAUGAAACGUAGCUCAAGAUCUGCUCCACAUUUAAUGUCCCAAAGCCAAUUCUACCCAGGGGACCAUGUGUUACCCCAUCCGGCCUCUCAAAGUGAUCCUUACUUACAUCAAUCAAUGGCAAAACAAAAUGGCCGACAUUUUACCCAGCAUGCACCUGGUGAUUUCUAUAGCAACACUGAAAGCAGCAGCACUCAAGAUGAUUUUGGAGUCUAUGGGGAUGACCAGGAUGAUACAUUAUACUCGGGGGUGGACAUACACGCUUGGAUAGCAAAGCAACAAAACAACUUGGGCAGCAGAAGUAGUGUCACCUAUAGUCAGACCAGUGAAGAUACUGAAGCUAACUUCAAUGUUAAUGAUGAGAACCUUGAAAGGAUUCGCGAAGGAAGACCUGAAAGGAUUGACCAUGAUGUUCGAGUAGAGCAUCGGAGACAGGAAGGAGCAAACAUAAAGCAUGUGGAAGAAACACAGGAUAAUGUAGCCCAAAGUCUGCAUAGAUCAGCUCAACUCUUACAGCGAGAAGAAGAAGCAAGAAUAGAAUGUGUUGAAACAACUAACAUCAACCAGAAAAACAGUCCAGUUAAAACACCACCAAGAUGGGAGAAGGGUUCUAGUAAAGAAAGUGGCCUUUACACGCAGUCUGAAACAUGUUUGAGUGAAACUUCACUUCAGUGCGAUGAAACAACCAAAUCAAAUGAUAUACAUGUACUUAAAUCUUAUGAUGAACCCAAAUCUGAUGGUCAACUCAAAACUGACAGUAAACUCAGUCCAAAAGAUACCCCCAAACCAAGCAACACAUCAGUCUUUGGUGCCAUGUCACUGGAUAGCAGAGGGGCUAUUGAUGACCAAUUGAAAGCAAGUCCUAUAAAAUAUAGGAAUAAGUUUAAACAUAAUGUUGAUGCACCAGACAAUGAUGAGAGUUUUGAAGAUGAUACUCAUAGUGAAGAACAAAAUGGAGAAAGUGACAAACAAAAUGAUGUGAAUAUUGUAAACAAAAAGGAUGAUGAAGAUACUGAUACGUCUAAGAGUAUUUUUGCUAAGACAUACAGUGUAACUGAACAAAUAAACAACAUUGUGAUUGGUGCCAAAAACUCAAAUACUGAAAAUGAGGCUAGCAUUAUUAAAUCUGAUGUUGACAUUCAAAGAACAUCUAUCACACAUGACAGACUUAAAAUCAUCCCUGAUAGAUCGAAUGCUGUAGAGACUUCAACAACUAAUGCAUCUCCAAUUAAUCGUGAAUGCACAAAUGCUCAUACAAAUCAAGAAAUUGAAUUGUGUUUCGAUGGGUCAAUGGAAUCGAAACAAAAGGCUUUGGAAUCAAUUGAGCAACAGUUGACGCCUCAUACAUCUGGUACAAGUGCUAGUUUGGGAUUACAAGGAAUGGAUGAUACUCAACAGUUUGGACAUCAACAUCCUGCUAAACUUGAAUUUUCACACAAUUCCGCAUUUACUCAAGUAAAAGGUACAAGCAGUAAACCAAUCCCAGCAGUCAAUCCUGUAAGUGUAAGCUCCCCCAAUGGAGGUCCAUCCGUCCCAUUGGCCACAACUUUUAAUUCAAGGGCACCUAUUUUAUCGACUUCUCAUGUCAAAACAGGCUCAUCCGUCCCGGUUGACACAAAGACCUCAACAAUGGAUUCAAUAGCAACGGAUGAAUUUGCAGAUUUCAUUUUGGACAAUUUAUCAUCUGGUACAGAAUCAGAUUUUGACUCCGAUGAUUUACCAGAUAUUCUCAUGACUGAGAUGGAUGAUAAUUUAUCUAGAAGAAAAUAAAAAUUAAUGAAGAUAGAAACGAACUUGUAAAAGAACAUAAUUUAAAAACCUGUUUUGUAUAAGGUACUUUACACUGUAGUAUUAGGAGCAGUAUUUUCUUUUGACAAUAAGACUAUCAAAGUUAAUUCUAUGUUUAACGUUCUGACAAAUGGCCAAAUCUUGGGUAUGUAGGAGGUGUAAAAACAAAUGAAAAAAAGCCCUAAUCAAUUGUAUUUCUUUUAGGAUUUUUUAUCAUACAAUUGCAAAAAUACCAGAACAUCUACAAAGAGAACAAUUCAUAGUGACUCACCCAAAUAAAUUGACAUGAACUUUUUAAUGAAUAUAAUGAUGAAAUGUGGGAACUCUGAACAAUAGCCUAACAUGUUUAAUAUGUUUUUGAAAAUUUUCCUAAAUCAGGGGAUGACGUCAACUCUA